AUAAAGUAUGUAUUUAUCAUAAUUCUAUUUACACUAAACACUUAAAAAUUCCUGUGUACUUGGUAUUGUAAACAACAGUUCCGUUUAUUAUAAGCAAGUAAAAAGAAAGGAUUAUUAUAUAUUAUCCAAAAAUGACAGCUACAAGUCAAGCCGUACAGGAUAUCGAGGCGCUCGCUCGCCGUAGUCGCGAGGCCUCAUGGGCUCUGCAGAUGUGCACCACAGAACAAAAGAACGACGCCCUUGAGAGCAUCAAGAAGAUCCUCUCCGAACGCAAAGAAGAUAUAAUUGCAGCCAACAAGCUGGACUUGGAGAACGCCAAAGCCGCCGUAGAGGCCGGUAACUUGUCAAGCACAUUGUUCAAACGCCUGGAUCUCAAUGGCAGUGAUGGGGCCAAGUAUGACACCCUUUUGACGGGUCUGGACGACGUGGUGACCCUUGAGGAUCCAGUAGGAAAGUGCACGCUUGCAACGAGAUUAGAUGAUGGCCUAGAUUUAUUCCGUGUAAGCUGUCCAGUGGGCGUGAUUUGCAUUAUAUUCGAGGCACGCCCCGAGUGCUGCAUCCAGAUCUCGAGUCUAUGUCUAAAAUCCAGUAAUGCUGUGAUUCUAAAGGGUGGUAAGGAGGCUUACCAUUCCAAUCAGGUGUUGGUGAACGCUGUUCGUGAGGGUAUCAAACGUGUACCUGGAGUGCCUGAGGACCUAGUACAACUGGUGAGCAGUCGAGAGGAAGUGUCCGCUCUGUUAGAGAUGGACAAGUACAUCGAUCUCGUUAUUCCACGGGGGUCUAAUUCGCUUGUCAAACACGUGCAGAAUAACACGCGUAUUCCGGUGCUGGGCCAUGCGGACGGCAUCUGUUCGGUGUACCUAGACGAGAGUGCGGAUCUUCAGAAGGCGAUCAGUGUGGUUGUUGACGGCAAAUCAAGCUAUCCAGCGGCGUGUAAUGCUACUGAGACACUUCUUGUGCACGAGAAUGUAGCCGAUAGUUUGCUACCAAAGGUAGGGGAGGCCUUGGCUGCUGCUGGGGUGAGUAUGCUGGCCUGUGAGAAGUCACUGCCGUUGCUGUCACACACAGGUAAAGCAACCGCAGCGACUGAGCAAGCCUUCUACACCGAGCACCUCGACCUGGUGAUCGCGGUCAAGAUUGUGAGCUCGUUCCAGGACGCUGUCAAACACAUCAACGAACACGGGUCACACCACACCGAUGGAAUUGUGACCGAAAGUAAGGAGAGGGCGAACUUGUUUAUGAGGCUUGUAGACUCGGCUGGAGUAUAUCACAAUGCCUCAACCAGGUUUGCGGAUGGGUUCAGGUAUGGCUUUGGCGCAGAGAUUGGUGUGAGCACCAACCGAACACACGCACGAGGACCCGUAGGCCUCGAGGGUCUGAUGAUCUACAAGUACAAGAUGUAUGGCCAAGGCCAGGCCUCAGUAGAAUAUGGUAAGGAAAAGAACUUCAUGCACUCACGUAUUGGAGAGACGGAAUACCAGAGCUAUCAGUGAAAGGAUUGCAAUGCAAUUGUCUAGCCAACUCGCGAGAUUUCCGGAUGGGUAGAUACUUGUAAAUAAAAUGUUGUAGAUAGGGAUAUA